AUGUCAGACACGGAAGAGGCUACACCGUCAAGAGAAAUGCGACUCGUCUCUAGUUCUUUACACCCUCUGCCACCAAAAACUCUGAAGCAAGAGACUCGAUUCUGGGCUCGAGGCUCUGGAGUUACCACGCUCUGGACGAUACUCGCAAUUCUCUGCACGCCGCUCUUGGCAUAUUUUGUGCUUGUGUCGUGUUACGGUACAUUCCAAAGAAGACAAAAUGUAAUUGGUGCUAGUCUCCUCGAACCAUGCUUUGCAGACUGGUCAUGGAUGGGGAUUUUCGAGGUUAAUAUAGCUUUUGGCUCCUUCACUUACCUGCAGGCGAAGUACCUCGAUGCGGCCUGGAACCUGCUAGUUGGAAAAACCUCGCAAGCGUUGGCCGCGUGGAUCUGCUACAAGGUCUUUGCCAUGGCAUUGUUGCGGAUUACAGAACGGUCAAGAGUGUCGUUCAGACUGUAUACAGCCACAGCAUUCUAUCCAACAGAUUUCCUAACAUUGUGGAAAUACGUUCGUGGUCUUGCAGUGAGUCGCACGGCACGCGAGCGAGCCAUACUCGUUUGGUUCUGUUUUGCGGCGGCGUACGUCCUCACCCUUUCCACCAUUCUGGAUCUGGUGACUGGAUAUGUCACAACACAGGAAGCUGCAGUCAGCUUGGCAGAUGGGGGUUUUGCUUCUUUAAGGGGAGUACGAUGGUUCGAUGGCGCUUACAAAGAACUAUAUUCUUACGAUGUCUCGGUUUAUCCCAACAAGUCUGACAUAUCUGUACACACACUCUCUGGUCAAAACUUCACUUACCUUGAUCUGAUCGACAAUUCGACCUCCGUCUGGAAGCAACCUCCCAUCGUUUGCAUGCAGGGCUCAAAAUAUCGAUGGGGUUUCUCGGUAGGGUGGAUCUGGAUUCUGCUACCUUCAACAUUGAUCUGGAUAUCGGGAAUGUUUGGCAUGUAUGUUGAUGCAAUGAACCACGACUUUUUGUGGCAAAUGGGCAGACGACCAGGAGUAUAUCGUGAUAUUCUUGACGUUGCAGAGGCCAUUCAGGAAGAGCUGGGACCAGACACAUGUGGCUACAGCGACAAAGAGCUGUCGAGGGAGAUUGAUCGGCUCGAUGCAAUAGGCUUUGUCGGUCUACAAGAAGGCAAUGUGCAAAAUAUCAGGCUCAGUACCCGUAUCUCUGAUGUAUAUGAUGGCUUGGGAAAUGAGGAUAUGUCUUGUGAAAGAUUAGGUACGGCGAUGUCUCCACGUUAG